UGACGCUAGUUCCUGUUGGUUUACACAUAUGUCGACGCACCAGAAGCUCCAGGCGAUUGUCUUUGGUAUAAAUUCCCCGUGCGCAAGUGGCCGCCCACAGGUGUGUGGAUUGGAGGAAAAGCCAAGAUGAAGUUGUUAGCACUUGUACUGUUCUGCGUCGCCAAUGUGGCCAUUGUCCUCGCCAACUACAAGUACGGCGGUGGCAUGAGUUCGAUGGGCUAUGGAGGAUACGGAGGUUAUGGAGGAUACGGUGGUGGUGGUGUAGGGUUUGGCGGAUACGGCGGCGGAGGAUACGGCGGCGGCGGCGGAGGUUUCGGUGGCAUCUUCUCAAUGCUGAUCUACCUGUUCGUGUUCAUCAUUAUCAUCCGAGUACUGUUUAGCGGCAUUGGUGGCGGCAUAGGUGGUGGUAUUGGUGGUGGCGGAGGCGGCAGUAGCUAUGGUGGCGGUGGUAGCGGAGGCGGCAGUAGCUAUGGUGGCGGCAGUAAACACGGUGGCGGCAGUAGCUAUGGUGGCGGCAGUAGCUAUGGUGGCGACAGUAGCUAUGGUGGCGGCAGUAGCUAUGGUGGCGGCAGUAGCUAUGGUGGCGGCAGUAGUUAUGGUGGCAACAGUGGAGGUCAUGGCGAUGUCUGGAGUAACGACGGAUAUUGAACGUUUACGACAUAACGGAUAAACGGAUUCACAUUCUGAUUGAUGGACACACGAAUUAUGCUGUAACAUUUUAUGUGUUACCUGUUUUUAAAUAAAGUUUUUGAAGCAUCUA